AUGGGCAGUGUAUUCCAAGACCAAGACGCAGCCGCCCCGCAGAUUGCCAUCGUCGGCGGCGGCAUCGUCGGUGUAAUCCUUGCGCUCGGGCUGGUCCGGCAAAACAUGUCGGUGCGCGUCUACGAGCAGGCGGCCGGCUUCCGCGAGGUCGGCGCCGGCAUCGCCUUCUCGGCCUGUGCCCGUCGAUGCAUGAAACUCAUGAACCCGGCAAUCGUCGAGGCUCUGAGACGUUGCGGCGCCGUGUCCGUGUCCGAUGCAGAUGACGAGGACGAUUACCUGCGCUGGAUCGACGGCUACAACCAGCAUCGUGCCGAUGACCCCACCUACCAGAAGCCCCUGGCUCAAAUCGGCAGUGCUGGCUUCAGGGGCUGCCGACGAGACCAGUUCCUCGAAGAGCUCGCCAAGGACGUGCCGGCAGAGGUGAUCUCGUUCGGCAAGCGCCUUGAAGCCCUAGAAGAGAGAGAAGAUGGAAAGGUCCUGCUUACCUUCGUUGACGGCACAAAAGCCGAAGCCGAUGCCGUAAUCGGCUGCGACGGCGUCAAGUCCCGCGUCCGACGCCACCUCUUCGGGCCGACACACGAAUCCUCCCACGCACAAUAUACACACAAAGUCGCCUACCGCGGCCUCGUGGCCAUGGACAAGGCAAUCCAGGUCCUCGGCGAGUGGAAAGCCAACAAUUUCCACCACCACGUCGGACCCGGUGCGCACCUGACGCACUACCCCGUGGCCAACCACAAGAUGCUCAACGUCGUCGUCUUCCUAUCCGACCCGAAUCCAUGGAGCGGCAGUGACCAGAGCAGCAUGGUUGCCGAGGGCACCCGCGCCGAGGUUGAGGCUGCGCUGGGGGGGUGGCAUCCGACGGUGCUGAGCCUGGUGCGGCUGCUGCCGGACAAGCUCGUGACGUGGGGCCUGUUCGACCUGGGUGAGUUCCCGGCCCCGACGUACACUGCGGGCCGGGUGUGUCUGGCCGGAGACGCGGCGCACGCGAGUAGCCCGCACCACGGCGCGGGGGCUUGUCUGGGAGUCGAGGAUGCCCUCUGCCUGAGCGUGCUGUUGGGCAAGGUGCGCGAGACGGCGGCUUCUCCAGGCGGGAAUCUCGACGCGGCGCUCAGAGCUGCCUUUCAGACAUUCGAUACGCUACGCCGGCCACGCACGCAGUGGCUCGUGAACAGCAGCAGGCGCGUCUGCGACUUGUAUCACCAGUCCGAGUGGGCCGACCCCAAGCGCUGGGUCAAGGCGGGCACAUGUUUUGAGGAGAUCAGGGAUCGCUCCUACAAGAUCUGGCAUUUCGACGCCGAUGACAUGGUGCGCCGGGCUGUCUCUAUGUAUAAAAGGAAGAUUAUAGGGAAGGCCGGAGGGCAUGAGCAGGAGAACGGAGAGAAACGUGGAUACGUGCUCUAA